AUGCAACGUGAAGAAAAACAAUUGGACAUGCUGCUGGAGGCAGUGUUGAAUCGGUUGAAUGAUUUAAAGCAUUCGAUAGGCGUCAUGAUACAUAGAUUAGAAACAGAAUAUGAGACGAUCAAUUGGCCUACGUUUUUGGAUAAUUUUGCCUUAAUUUCCAGCCAUUUGACAGGUUUGAUGAAAAUACUUAGUAGUGAAAUCGGAACACCCCUCCGAAACCUUACGGUGUUACCCCUGAUGCUGACACCAGAACGCGACGAAGCCUUACUGCAGCUAACCGAAGGCCGAGUGCCAAUAUUUUCACAUGAUCUCGCACCGGAUUAUCUGCGAACUAAGCCGGAUCCUGGAGCCGAGAGUAGACAAGCUGCUCAUGAAGCAAAAGCCAAUAACCUCACCGUAGAAGCCAGUAUGAAGCAGGUUGCCCAAUACAAUAAAGUGAUAUCGCACGUAUGGGACAUAAUUAGCAAAGCGAAAGAGGACUGGGAAAAUGAAUCUUCCACUCGGCCUGGCAUUCAGCAAACCAGCUCAAUGACCGAUACACAGGCCCUCGUGGCUGCUGUUGGGCUCGGCAAUGGUUUGACUGCCCCGGUGGGACCUCCGACAGGCGCUGGAGUCAUGAUCCCGCCAGCGAUUCGGCAGGGAUCGCCCAUGAGUGCGGUUUCACCCUCUGGUAAUGCACCGAUGGGUAAAAUGCCAUCUGGCAUUAAAACUAAUAUUAAGUCCGCUAACCAAGUUCAUCCUUAUCGUUAGCAUAUAUCCACCUAUUAUAACAUCUAGCGUAUAUGGAAAUAUAAAUAA